AUGGGCCGGACGCCGCUCUGGGUGGCGGCACAGUCCGGAUACACUGCCGCCGUCAAGCUGCUGCUCGCAUCAGAGCGAGCUGACCCAGACUCCAAGGACGCAAAAGGACGAACGCCGUUAUCAUGGGCGGCACAGUAUGGGGGUAUUUCUAUGGUUGAGCUGCUGCUGGCGCAAGACGGGGUCGACCCGAACACCACUGAUCAGGAUGGCCGGACACCGCUGUCAUGGCAAGCAGAGCGCGGUCGCGCAGAGGCAGUUUCUCUACUGCUAGCAACGAACAAGGUCGACAUAGACGUCAAAGAUUCUUGCGGACGAACACCGCUGUCCUUCGCACAAGAGAAGGGGCACAAGGCGGUUGUGAAACUGCUGCUCGAG